AGCUCUAAUGCGAGUGCCAGAAGAAGGCAUAGUACUGCUUCCCUGUCUUUUUCACCAGAAAAGUACAAGUAAGUCCGAGAGCAGAGAUGGUCAUGCUUCAGACGAUGUGAUCGAGGCGUUGCUGGAUGAGGCACUACUAAUCGAGCACAGUCAUCUCGCGUUCUUUAACGGGUUCAUCGUCGGAACUUUGCGGCCAACGCCGGUUCUAGUAAAUUCAAGCAUGAAUAAUCGGACAUCACAGAAGGAGUCCUCAAGCUCGACAACACGUCACGACUUCAAUAUUUCCUUGUGAUUUUUCCAACACUUCAUGUAUCCUUUCCAUGUGUCUUGUGAUCACUACAACACGUCACGACUUAAUUUCCGUGUCACGUACUUUUGAUGAUACUGGGUGUGCGUGCUCUAUCUCGCAUGUUCUAUCUCGCUUGUGGUAUAGUAUGCUUCAAAGCUUGUCGAACAUUCUGAGCGAGGAUGAUCUUUACACAUAAUUCGCAUGAUUCUAAGCCUGAUUUUUACACAGUUGUGCCUCAUAAAGACUUGCUGAAGCUGCACUGCUGAGGUAUCGACCGUGACCACCUUGAAUUAACUUCCAUCUAAGCAGCUUGAAUUAACUUCCAUCUAAAUUAAGUCCAAAAUGUCCAACCUAUCUUGAAGGGAUGAUAGUGAAGAGGCAAGAAUGCGC